AGUCAAGAGUGUUCCGCAGAGAAAACGGAAAAUGCCAUCAUCGAUAUAAACUUAUCUCUGCCCAAAGGCAUCAGGGGCGCAGAGCCGGCGUACGCCCCAACCCCUCAGGCGUGCAUUCGCCUUUGCUGCUCGGGGGAAAAGCUGUCAGGAGACAAGAAGUGUAAUCUGGUGGUUUUUGACGCUAAAAGGACAAGCGCACAUCCAAACUGCUACCUGUUUUACUGUCCUAGCACAGAGGCUUGUCCAAUGAAACCUGCGACAGCGUUUGUGAGCUACAAGAUAACUAGAGACACCCAUGCCCUGGAGGAUACAUCCUUCAAAAGUGAAGAGUUUUCUUCAAAUGAGUAUUCUUUGUCUUCGGAUGCUGGAGCCUUUAUUUCUCGCAGUCCGACUAGCCAUCAGAAUCGUAGUGCUGCUCUGCAGCAAUCUGUCUUUCAUCACACAUCUGAACGCCUGAACCAUGUGGCCAAGCAUUUAGACAACAGUGAAUUUCAUACAGUUGUUCCCGAAUCUCAAAGGGCAAAACACCCUGAGAGCUUAGACCUCAUCCCAAGCCAGAAAGUAAUUAACCUGCUGCCAAAUACAUCUUCUGCUGUUCAAAUUGGAAACCCCUCUGCUUCGUUCCCCACCACUCAGUCUGGUGUUCCUGAACCCAGCAGUACUGCUCUUACUCCUCUGCCUACAGGUACCACCAAAACAGAAUCUAGUAUAACCUCUCUGCCUACUGGUGGUGCUAAACCUGCUGUGGUCACCACCACCACCACAGCUACCUUCCCACCUACUGUGAACACUAGAGCUAAGCCUGGUAUCCCUACCUCCACCAUCGCUGUUACUCAUGUUCCUCUUUCCAGUGCCACAACUUCUGCUUCUACUUCAACAACCAAGCAAGUGACCACAAAUUCCAGAUCUGCCGCUGCCCCAUCAGGGCUAAGAACUUCAGCCAUCCCUCCUGAGCCGACAGUUGGCUCUUCCAACGAUACCAGCCAUGUUACCCACCUGUCUUUUUCAGGUUUCGCUCCAUCUACUACUGAUUCCCCCGUGGCUUCUCAAAACAACCCUCAGAGUUACGACACAUCUGAUUCAGAAAGCUACCUGCCAGAGAGCAUUCUGAGAGGGAAAGGUAUCGUUCAGCUGGGAGAAAAAAGCAGCCUUGUAGUGGCUUUGCUUUUUGGGGUGAUAUUCUUGUUACUAGUUAUUGCAUUGACGGGGAAGAAAAUACGCGAAUCUCUUCAGAAGAGACAUUAUACCAGGCUGGAUUACUUGAUCAAUGGAAUGUAUGCUGAUGUAUGA